GCUAGGGUUUCGUCUCUCAACAUAAAAUCUCAACACAAUCCACUGAAGAGCCGUCCACUCCAACGCUCUCUUUUUUCUUCUUCGCAAUUCGCUUCAAGCAGAAUCCCAGUUCGAAGAUCAAACAAUGGGAGUUUUCACCUUCAUCUGUCGGAGCUCCGGUGGCAAGUGGACUGCCAAUCAGUAUUCGGGUGACCUUGAAGGCUCUGCCGAUUCCACCUACGAUCUCCAGAGGACGCUCGUUCAGAAUGUCCUCUCCGUCGAUUGCUCCGGUGGUGUUCAGUCCUCUUUCUCUUAUGUCACUCCCACCUCCGCCGUUUUCCAGGUGAUCAUUGGCGGCAGUAGUGGUGGCGGUUUCAUUGGUGGUGGAGGAGCUGCAGCCGCCCCUGCUGGAGGAGAUGCACCAGCUGCUGCAGAAGCCCCAGCUGAGAAGAAGGAAGAGGUGAAGGAGGAGAGUGAUGACGACGACCUUGGCUUUUCACUUUUUGAUUAAUUGGUAUAAUUACUCGUUAUUGUUUAUCAAACCCAGAAUCUUUAGCACUCAACUUUUCUAUUCAGCAAAUUAUGGCUAUGCAUUUAGUUGAAUUUGCAAGUUCAAUUGUUAAGGACGUAAAAUUUUGUUACUGACCUUUGUCAAAUGGUUGGGGUAUUCUUUUGGGCAUUGUUUUUCAAAAGGAAAACCAAUUUGGUGUGGUUUGUUUUAUCA